CUUGCCGGCACCAAUGACCAAACCUCUCUCUCUCUCUCCCUGCUCUCCGCUCUCUCCCUCUCUCUCGCGGCGAGACUCGGUGCUGCAUCCGUCGGAAGCAAGCCCCACCUCCUACGGUUGUAGAGCUCUUUCUCGCUCUAGGAGAACAUGGCAAAUCCUACAAUGCGGUCCUUCCUCCAAGUAGCGUCCUCGGAGGAGGUUUCCUCGCCUUUGAGAGUUGUCCAGAUCGAAGGCUUGGCUAUCUUGAAGAUAAUUAAGCACUGUAAAGAGUUUAUGCCUGCUCUGGUUACUGGGCAACUUUUGGGGUUGGAUGUUGGUAGCGUUCUGGAAGUUACGAACUGCUUCCCAUUCCCGAUCCGGGAAGAUGAUGAGGAAAUUGAAGCAGAUGGGGCUAGCUAUCAGCUUGAGAUGAUGAGGUGCUUGAGAGAUGUUAAUGUUGAUAACAACACCGUUGGAUGGUAUCAGUCGACCUAUAUGGGUUCUUACCAGACUGUAGAAUUGAUUGAAACUUUCAUGAAUUACCAGGAGAACAUCAGACGAUGUGUCUGCAUCAUUUAUGACCCUUCAAGAUCUAGUCAAGGUGUGCUCGCACUUAAGGCCUUGAAGCUCACAGAUUCAUUUAUGGAUCUACACCGCAGCAACAAUUUUACUGGCGAGAAGCUGAGGGAGAAAAAAUUGGCGUGGGUGGAUGUCUUUGAAGAAAUACCUAUCAAGGUUUCAAAUUCUGCUCUAAUAAGCGCUUUCAUGUCAGAUCUGGAACCUGAUACUCCUGUCACUCAGUGUGAUUAUGAUCGUCUUUCCUUAUCCACAAACCCAUUCAUGGAGCGGAACUUAGAAUUUUUAAUUGAAUGCAUGGAUGAUCUAUCCAUGGAACAACAGAAAUUUCAAUUUUAUUAUCGUAAUCUUUCACGGCAGCAAUCCCAGCAGCAGGCAUGGCUACAGAAAAGAAGGGCUGAGAACAUGGCUCGCAAGGCUGCUGGAGAGGAGCCAUUGCCAGAGGAAGAUCCUUCAAAUCCAAUCUUUAAGCCUCUUCCUGAACCUUCACGUCUUGAUAGCUUUCUCAUAACAAAUCAAAUUUCUAAUUACUGCAAUCAAAUAAAUGGGGUUGCAGGACAAAGUUUCAACAAAUUCUCUUUGAUGGAGGCAUUGCACCGGAAGUGACCAUAGUUUGAGGUGUAACCGGCGCUAAUCUCUGGUGGGCUAAGAUGAGCUUUUCCACUCGUAGAACCUUUUUUGUGGGGGACUGCUCUUAGCAGUGCCCAAUUUUGACUGGGAUCAGGACAGUUUGCAUUGCCAGCCGCUUUAUAUGCUUCUUUUUUUUUUUUCUCUAAAUUCUGGAACCUUUGGCAUUUGUGCCUAAAGUUUUGUUGUUAAUGAGGUUAUGACUGUAAGGUUCUUGGGCAAAUAUAUUGUGGGACAUACUUUCGUUAUUUAAUCUAUAAAUUAUAUUUCCUA